AUGUUUGCUCUACUUAUCAUAGCUUUUUGCUCACUUAUGUUAGUUGCCUGUGGAUUGCUUCACUCAAUUGUUGAGGACCUGAUGAUGCUCUGUUUUGCUGAAGGACCUUUGAGUGGACCACUGGAUUUAGACUUUAUAGCUGAGGAACCUGUUAUUCCCGAAAUUGUUGUUGACGAACAGAUGAACUUUUGGACGUCAGGCUGGACCGUCGCCAUCACCUGUAUGGGUGUGGCCUUGUUGGCUGGCCUGGCGGUGACUGCUUACCUGAGAUACCGACGACGAGGAAAUUACAUUCACGAACUGGUAGAAGAUCUGGAAAUGGAACGAACCGAGGUGGCCAGACUGAGAGAUCGUCUGGAAACUGAACAAGAAGGAAACUUGAAGACGCAGGAACGCCUGAACAAGAUGACCCAAGACGUCCAGUUGUUAGGACUCCAGCGAGGACUUCUGGACGCUGAGAAGAUGAUGCUAGUAGACGUUCUGGAAAAGAGUAAGCUCCAGGAAACUGAAAUGGAACGUCUCUUGAACGGAGCUAAGGACCAGAUCGAGUUCCUACAAAAUCAAAUUGUAGAGAAAGAUCUUUUGAUUGAACGGAACGCGUUGGAAAGUAAAGAAAUGGAAAGUCGUCUGGAAGAAGAGGAGAAAGCGAGAAGCAGAGACAUCCAGAUUUUGGAAAAAGAGAGGAAUCUCUUCCAGGAGUGGAUGGAAAGCGCUCUGAAGGAGGAAAAAGAGCUCGCCUCGAGACUAAAAGAAGCUGAAGCCACCAAUCGAGCGUUGGCUUCGGCGAAUGAAUGCUUCAAGAGGGCGAAUGACCAAAUGCGAGAAGCUCUGGAAGAAAAAGAGAAGGAGAUCGACCUUCUGGAAAAUUUGAAAGAAGCAUCUGCACAAAAAAUAGCUGAUCUGCAACAGAUGAAUGGCGAUCUCGAGAAGGAAAUGGAAAAGAAUCACGAUGAACAGGAGAAGAACAGAAUUUUGAACGACGAAGUUCAGCAAAUGAGAAAUUGGGUUGCUGAACUAGGCGGUCAAAAUGCUAAGAUGGAGGACGAACUUUCCAAUAAAGAACAGGAAAUACAUUCACUAAAGGAAUCUCUAGGAAAUGAAAAAGGAGAGAAUAGAAUUCUGACGGAAGAAGUUCAGCAGAUGAGAAAUUGGGUUGCUGAACUAGGAGGUCAGAAUGCUAAGAUGGCUGAGGAACUAGCCAAUAAAGAACUGAAAAUAAAUUCACUGGAGGAUUCUUUAGGAAAUGAAGAAGGAGAAAAUAGAAUUUUGAAAGAAGAAGUUCAGCAGAUGAGAAAUUGGGUAGCUGAACUAGGAGGUCAAAACGCCAUGAUGGAGGAGGAACUGGCUAAUAAAGAAUUGAAGAUAAAUUCACUUAAGGAUUGUUUAGGAAAUGAAGAAGGAGAGAAAAGAAUUUUGAAAGAAGAGGUUCAGCAGAUGAGAAAUUGGGUAGCUGAACUAGGAGGUCAAAACGCCAUGAUGGAGGAGGAACUGGCUAAUAAAGAAUUGAAGAUAAAUUCACUUAAGGAUUGCUUAGGAAAUGAAGAAGAAGAGAAAAGAAUUUUGAAAGAAGAGGUUCAGCAGAUGAGAAAUUGGGUAGCUGAACUAGGCGGUCAAAACGCCAUGAUGGAGGAGGAACUGGCUAAUAAAGAAUUGAAGAUAAAUUCACUAAAGGAUUGUUUAGGAAAUGAAGAAGGAGAGAAAAGAAUUUUGAAAGAAGAGGUUCAGCAGAUGAGAAACUGGGUAGCUGAACUAGGCGGUCACAAUGCUAUGCUGGAGGAGAAAUUGGUCAGUAACGACCAGGAAGUAAAUUCACUGAAGAAUUCUUUAGAGAAUGAAAAGGAGAGGAACAGAAGUUUGAUUGAAGAAGUUCAGCAGGUGAGAAAUUGUGAAGCUGAACUAGGAGGCAAAAAGGCCCAGUUGGAGGAAGAGUUACUUGACAAAGAACAGGAAAUAAAAUCACUGAAGAAUUCUUUAGAAAACGGCAAAGAGACCAACAGAAUUCUGAGAGCCGAAGCUCAACGGUUAAGAAACUGGGCAGCUGAAGUUGAAAGUGAAAAGGCUGAAGUAAAGAAAGAGUUAGUUGAGAGGGACCAGGAAAUAACUCUUUUGAAGAAUGGUUUAGAAAAGGAAGAAGAGAAAUACAGAAUUCUGAGUGAGGAACUCGAGCAGAUGAAGGCGCAGCUCGCUGAAGUGGAAGGCACGAAUUUAUAUAUUAUAGCUGAAGUGACCCAAAAGGAUAAAGUGAUAAAGUCCAUGGAGAAUGCUCUAGAAAACGAAAAGGAGAGGAAUAAAGAGUUAAAGAAAAAAUUGCUGAAGCAAGUUGAAAGACUUGAUCACAUCGUAGCAUUCGCCCAAACCAUGGACAAAUAA